AUGCAAAGAGCGCUGGCCGAGAUUGGGCCCGGAACAACAAGAAGUAACCAUACUAUCGAUACUGGAAUAGUUGGUGUUUCAGAGGAAGACAUUCUUCUCUUAGAAAGUGUCUUGAUUCCUGACUCUGGGUUACGUCCUCCCGCAAAGGAAAUGCUACACAAUGGAUGGCUUGACGGGAAGGGCCUUUGA